AUGCUGGAACGAAGGGCGUUGCUAUGGCAACGGGAGGCAGGGCCUGGUGGGGGGGUGGACCGGGCCCGGACUGGGGCUGGGGGGGCCGGCGGCGGCGGCGGCGGCUGUGGUGGGGAGAUGGCGGAGCGCGGCCCGGCCUUCUGCGGCCUCUACGACACGUCUUCGCUGCUGCGAUACUGUAACGAUGACAAUCUGUCGGGCACCAGCGGCAUGGAGGUGGACGACCGCGUGUCGGCGCUGGAGCAGCGGCUGCAGCUGCAGGAGGACGAGCUGGCCGUCCUGAAGGCGGCGCUGGCCGACGCGCUGCGUCGCCUGCGGGCGUGCGAGGAGCAAGGCGCCGCGCUGCGCGCCAAGGGCACCCCCAAGGGCCGCGCGCCCCCGCGCCUGGGCACCACCGCCUCGGUGUGUCAGCUGCUGAAAGGCCUGCCCACCAGGACGCCCCUCAAUGACUCGUUGGGACCCCCGCGACGUGUGGGUGGCUAUGCCACCUCCCCAUCUUCCCCCAAGAAAGAAGCGACCUCCGGGCGUAGCGGCCGCCGUUACCUGUCACCUGAGCGCCUGGCCUCGGUGCGCCGCGAGGACCCGCGGAGCCGCACCACGUCCUCCAGCAGCAACUGUAGCGCCAAAAAGGAAGGCAAAACCAAAGAAGUUAUCUUCAGUAUGGAGGAGGGCUCUGUGAAAAUGUUCCUCAGAGGCCGCCCUGUGCCCAUGCUGAUCCCGGAUGAGCUGGCGCCCACCUACAGCCUGGACACACGCUCCGAGCUGCCCUCAAGCCGGCUCAAGCUAGACUGGGUCUAUGGCUACCGUGGCCGGGACUGCAGGGCCAAUCUCCACCUGCUGCCCACGGGGGAGGUGGUGUACUUCGUGGCUUCGGUCGCGGUUCUCUACAGCGUGGAGGAGCAGAGGCAGCGACACUACCUGGGACACAACGAUGACAUCAAAUGUCUGGCUGUUCACCCAGAUAUGGUCACCAUCGCCACCGGACAAGUGGCAGGCACCACCAAGGAGGGAAAGCCACUGCCGCCCCACGUGCGCGUCUGGGACUCAGUUUCGCUGUCCACCCUGCACGUGCUGGGCCUGGGGGUAUUUGACAGAGCCGUGUGCUGUGUGGGAUUCUCCAAAUCAAACGGGGGCAGCCUGCUGUGUGCCGUGGAAGAAUCCAACGACCACGUGCUCUCCGUGUGGGACUGGGCCAAGGAGACCAAGGUGGUGGAUAGCAAGUGCUCCAACGAGCCGGUGCUGGUGGCUACCUUCCACCCCACUGACCCCAAGCUGCUAAUCACCUGUGGGAAAUCCCACAUCUACUUCUGGAGCCUGGAAGGGGACAGCCUGAGCAAGCGACAAGGCCUGUUUGAGAAACAUGAGAAACCAAAAUAUGUGCUGUGUGUGACCUUCUUGGAGGACGGAGACGUGGUCACUGGAGACUCUGGGGGGAACCUCUGUGUCUGGGGCAAAGGCGGGAACCGCAUCACCCAGGCCGUGCUAGGUGCCCAUGAUGGUGGCGUGUUUGCGCUCUGCGCCCUGCGGGACGGGACGCUGGUGUCCGGAGGAGGCCGAGAUCGGAGGGUGGUCCUCUGGGGUUCUGACUACAGCAAGCUGCAGGAGGUGGAGGUCCCGGAGGACUUUGGCCCCGUGCGCACCGUGACAGAGGGACGGGGAGACACACUGUAUGUGGGCACCACACGCAACUCCAUCCUGGUGGGAUCCGUGAACACGGGUUUCUCAAUGCUGGUCCAGGGCCACAUGGAAGAGCUGUGGGGCCUGGCCACGCACCCCAGUCGGCCACAGUUUGUGACCUGUGGGCAGGAUAAGCUGGUGCAUUUGUGGAGCUCUGAGACCCAUCAGCCCCUGUGGAGUAGGGUCAUCGAGGACCCUGCCCGCUCGGCUGGCUUCCACCCCAGUGGCUCUGUGCUGGCCGUGGGGACCGUGACUGGCAGGUGGCUGUUACUGGACACAGACACCCACGACCUGGUGGCCAUCCACACGGAUGGCAAUGAACAGAUCUCGGUGGUCAGUUUUUCUCCAGACGGGGCGUACCUGGCCGUGGGCUCCCACGACAACCUGGUGUACGUGUACACGGUGGACCAGGGUGGCCGCAAGGUCAGCCGCCUGGGCAAGUGCUCGGGCCAUUCCAGCUUCAUCACCCACCUGGACUGGGCCCAGGACAGCAGCUGCUUCGUCACCAACUCGGGAGACUACGAGAUCCUGUACUGGGAACCUGCCACCUGUAAACAGAUCACCAACGCGGAUGUCAUGAGGAAUGUGGAGUGGGCCACUGCUACUUGUGUGCUGGGCUUUGGGGUGUUCGGGAUCUGGUCCGAGGGAGCAGAUGGCACUGACAUCAAUGCCGUGGCCCGCUCCCACGACCGGAAGUUGCUGGCUUCAGCUGAUGACUUUGGCAAAGUCCACCUGUUUAGCUAUCCCUGCUGUCAGCCUCGAGCCCUCAGCCACAAAUACGGCGGACACAGCAGCCACGUGACGAACGUGGCCUUCCUGUGGGAUGACAGCAUGACGGUGACCACGGGAGGCAAGGACACCAGCGUGCUGCAGUGGCGGGUGGUGUGAAGCCGGGGUCCCGGGGCCCCGGGGCCGGGGUGGCGUGGAGUGUGGCAAGGCUGGAGCUCUAUUUUCGGGAGAUGAUUAUUGCAGAGUAGAAUAAUAUAUACCCAGAGUACGUCUAUAGCACAGGGCCUAUGGGGAGGGAGGGUGGAUAGACAGACAGAAGUGUCUGUUUAUCUGGGAGGGAAGACAGGUCACCAUACCUUGGGCAGCCAUUGGUGUUUGGUUUGGGUGUUUCUUUUUUUUUAAGUUUAUUAUUUUAUAUCAUACAGAAAUAAAAACUUUGUGCACUGA